ACGAGCUCAGAGUGGUUUAUGAUGCGAUGACCGGCACCAGAACUGCAUUAGCCGAACAAGUUAAGACCCGGGAUAGGGAGAGCAUGAUAUGUAUUGUCUUUGCCAGGGAACUUCCAGAAGAGUUUUUUGAUGGUUGUCCUGGGCUUGAUUUAGAGAUUAGCUUAAUGAAAGACAUAGUGGCUCCUAUUCAGCCAUCAGAUGGUGUCAAUAAAAGUGAUAAGAGCUACAGAAAUAACAUUUGUAGAUUAUUAGAGAAAAUAGACAAAAUAUUUGAACGAAGUUCAGAAGAGCACGGGAGGCUAGGUAGGAGUCUUUUAUUCUCGAGUUUAGACCUUAGGCAGGGAUACCAUCAGAUACCCCUGAGCCCCACUAGUCGAGAGAAAACGGCAUUUUCCACUAUAGUUGGACACUACGAAGUUAUGAGCUUGCUUUUCGCAGAGUUUGAUAUUUGUGUAGAGUACUUGUCGGGCAAGGACAAUCAUUUAGCAGAUGCGCUGUCGCGAAUCAGAGCAGCUGAUCAGUCGAUAGACGAUUUAGUUGUCGUUUCAAGGCCUUUUGAGCGUGUCCAUAUGGAUAUAGUGGGUCUGUACCCGGAAUCUGAGGGUUUCCGUUAUAUUCUUACAGUAGUAGAUGCUUUGACCAAAUACCUUGUGGCAGUUCCAUCAAAGUCCAAGGAUUCAUCAGAAGUCGCGAGGGCAUUUACCGGCGGAUUCCUUUACAAAGAAGGGACUCCCCAUCAAAUCAUUUCUGACGGGGGCCGGGAAUUCAUAUACGAACUAUUUGAAAAUCUAACAGAAGAAUUUGGGAAUGAUCAACGUACUAUUACUCCAUACCAUCCAAGCUCAAGUGGACAAAUGAUAAGAGUAAAUGGUACACUAAACAAGAUUUUGCGAAACGGAAAGAAAUACUAA